AAUUUACACUGUACAGUGUACCGCUUGCCUCUAGGCUACACUUUACUUCUCAGCUGGUUCUGUCAUGUCUCGUAUUCGAAAACCAGGCGAUCAGUCGCUCGCUAGAAAACUCUAUACUGGUGCUGAGAUUCCUCUAGUCGGGCUUGGCACGUGGAAAAGCAAACCCGGCGAAGUGAAACAAGCCGUAGAACACGCUCUCGACGUAGGUUACAGACAUGUUGACUGUGCAUAUAUCUACGGAAACGAGAAGGAAAUCGGUGAGGCGCUCAAAAUGAAACUAGGCAGCUCGGUGAAGCGAGAAGAGUUGUUUAUUACAUCCAAAUUGUGGAACACGUGCCAUCAUCCUGAUGACGUCAAACCGGCAAUUCAACAGACGUUGAAGGAUCUUCAGCUGGACUACGUAGAUCUUUACCUCAUUCAUUGGCCGAUGGGCUUCGAAAGAGGCGAGGAGAAGUUUCCUAAAAACGAGGAUGGCACAAUACGUUAUGACUACACACCGCUGAUUGAUACGUGGACUGCAAUGGAGAAACUGGUGGAUGAGGGUCUGACCAAGCACAUCGGACUAUCCAACUGCAAUAGCAAACAAGUCGCCCAAAUAUGUGAGAAGGGCAAGAUCAAGCCUGCUGCACUGCAGUGCGAAUGUCACCCGUAUCUCACACAAGAUCCAUUGAUUGAAGUGUGCAAUGAGCAUGGUGUAGUGUUUGAAUCUUAUAGUCCACUGGGGUCGCCUGACAGACCGUGGGCAAAGCCUGAUGACCCGGCUCUGUUGAAAGAUCCAAAGCUAGAUGCAAUCGCCAAGAAGCACAACAAGACGCCAGCUCAAAUCCUCAUUCGCUACCAGAUUGAAAGAGAUGUUGUUGUGCUACCGAAGAGUGUCACAACAUCUCGCAUUGAAUCCAACUUUCAAGUGUUUGACUUUCAUUUGACUGAUGAAGACAUGACUGAGAUAGCUUCAUUCAACAGGAACUGGAGAGCUUGUAUUCCAACUAUUAAGACUGCUGAUGGUAAGGAGAUUGCCAGAGAUGGAGCACAUCCAGAAUUCCCCUUUCACGAGCCUUUCUAGGAGUGCAUCUAGUUUAUCCAGGAUUCGGACUUUUUGUUUGCUAUAUUUGAUGAACCAGUAUGAGUAAUUCGUUGAAUGGUUGUUGGUGCUCAUAUUCCUACAUUCUAUUUCUCAUGAAUGUUUUUGAGUGGAGCAAGGCUGUAUUGAAUUGAAGCUUCUCUUUCAUAUUAAAUGUGGACACAGUUGAGUAUAUACAAG